AUGGCAUCCAUCAGGGACCGCCGCUCUACACUCUUUACCCUCUUGUCACUCGUUCCCCUUCUCUUUCUUGUCUUUUACGUCGGCAGCAGGCAUAAGAGCGCUCCUGCUGUUGAGUUGACUCAGCUGAGCUCCAGGGCAGAGAAUCCAACUGCCCAGCCCGCUCCCGAGUCCAUCCGCUCUUUCACCCCCUCCGGUCUUUCUGGCAACUUCACCGUCUCUGACGCAGAAGCCCCCUUUGGUCUUGCCGUCCGCCUCGACGACGACCCCUAUACCUGCGGCCCCGGCCGGCCCUGCUCCAACGGGGCCUGCUGCGGCGCCUGGGGCAACUGCGGCUAUGCGCCGGCGUAUUGCGGUGCGGGAUGCCAGUCCAACUGCGAUGCCAAAGCCGAAUGCGGCCAGUAUGCCGUGAACCCGGGCCAGACGUGCAACCUCAAUGCGUGCUGCAGCGAGCACGGCUUCUGUGGCACCACCUCCGACUUCUGCACCGAGGGCCCCCGGGACGACGGCGACACGUUCAAGGCCAAGCUCGCGUGGGCCAACGAGAUGGGUUUCGGCGGGUCGAUGAUCUGGGCCGUGGACACGGACGACGACAAGUUCUCGGCCAUGAGCGGCCUGAUGGGCCACCAGGUGUCGCACAUCAACACUAACAAGGUCGAAGCGCUGGCCAUGACCAGCUCCAACGUCAUCAAGACCAUCAAGCUGGAGAACGGCCAGGGCUGCUAUGUAGAUAAGUCAGGCGGCUGUAGAGAGGAUGGACACUUUUCCCGCCCUAACGGCGAGAGCUUGGUUGCCGUCGACAGACAAGGAUGCGUGAGUGAUGGGCCAAUAUUUCACAUGUAUGCUUGA